UAUGCAACCCAAAUAACACCGAAGAAUUUGUUAUCAAAAAUUUUUAGGGAAUUUUAGUGACAGUUGUCGUUUCUACCUGUCAAAAUGACAUUUGAGUAAAAAUAGUGUUAAAAACGAUGAUUAGUAAUAAAUAACUCAAUAACAUAUGUGAAAGAAAACAACAUUCGCGGUCAUGACAAAAUAACGAAGUCUCUCUUUGUUUAUUUAUUCGUAAUUUUUUAAAUAUCUUAAUCUAAAAUCAAUCAGAAGAUAUUUAUUAAGAUAAAAACGUACCUAUCGAAGAGGACUUGAAAAUUCACAAUGGACCAAGUUCGACAAAUUCCAGUUUUUGUAUUUCCCACAAUGUUAAAGUUCUACACGAGCUCAAAACAUACUCACAAACAACUCAUCACCAUCUAUAAUCCUUAUGACUUUACAAUUAAAUAUAAAGUUCUAUGUACAGCUCCAAAUAAAUAUAAUGUAACAGAUCCUGAAGGAAGUAUACGACCUCAAUCUUGCAUUGAUUUGGUUGUUAGACAUACGAUGCCAAUUUCUGCUAAUUGUAAUGGUGUAGAUAAAUUUAGAAUAAGUAUUCAUGAUAACACAACUAAACAGCUAUUAGGUAAAAGGGAUGUGGAAUCAAAACUAUUGGUUGGUGAAGGUGAUAAUGUUUCUGAAGAUGGUGAUAACUUCCAUAAUCUACCUCAUAGUGAGAGAACUCCUGAAGAUCCACAUCAUCAAUCAUUGUUAUCACAGAGACAAAAAUCUUUGCAAUCAGAAAAAACUAAUUACUUGGCAAUAGGAGCAGCUAUAGUAUGUAUAGCAAUUCUAAUGCUUCCAACAAAAAUAGAAGUGGUUGAAGAAAAUGCAAACAUACCUCAUUAUUUACACCCAACGCAAACGUUUAAAAUUGGAACAGCAUACGCAUUGGGAAUGUUAACUUUAUUAAUUUUUAGACAGUAACUAAUUUUUUAAUCUAAAGGGAAAGAGUUGUUCUGU